UCGAUAAAUAAAUGAAUCGAGCGCUGAUUAUCUUUUUUUAAACCCUUUUUUUUUAUCAAAACUUUUUUUUUUAAUAAUGGUGGUUCGAAUUAGAUUAGCACGACAUGGAAUAAAAAUAAGAAAUCGACCAUUUUAUAAUAUAGUUGUAGCAAAUGCAAAAACACCAAGAGACGGUAAACAUAUAGAAAAAGUGGGAUUGUAUGAUCCAAUUCCAAACGAACUUGGAAUUAAAAAUGUUGAAUUAAAUACCGACAGAAUUAAAUAUUGGUUAAAUGUUGGUGCAUGGCCGAGCGAUACUGUUGCAAGACUCUUAUCAAAGAUGUAAAUAAACCGAAGAA